UUUCACCUUUUUUUUUUUUUUUUUUUUUUUUUAAGUUUUUAAUUGCUUUUGGCUUUCUGGGUCUCUCUCUUUGUUCUUGUUGUUGGGCGUUAAGAUCAUGACAUUUUUGUGAACACAAAAGAGAGCCAGUCUUUCUCUCCUCUUGGAGGAGAAAACUUGGGGCUUCGACUUCAAACUCUCUUUCUUUGGCCUAUUUGUCUUACAUGAGUUGAGUGUUAGAGGUUGAAUUGAUUGUGGUGUCAGACAGAAAUCACCAUGUUUCGUAUUUGGAGUAGCUCUCGUCAUGAUCAGGAGGAUGAUUCAUUGCAGCAGGCCCAGAAAAAGGUUAAUGAACUCAGGGCUGCAACUGGACCACUUUCUGGACGUAGUUUGCAGUAUUGUACAGAUGCAUGCUUGAAGAGAUAUUUGGAAGCUCGGAAUUGGAACAUGGAAAAAUCAAAGAAAAUGUUGGAAGAGUCUCUUAAAUGGCGAUCAACAUAUAAGCCUGAGGAGAUACGUUGGCAUGAAGUGGCAACGGAAGGUGAGACUGGAAAGCUCUAUAGAGCAAAUUUUCAUGAUAGAGAGGGGAGGUCUGUUCUUAUACUGAGACCAGGAAUGCAGAAUACAGCAUCAAUUGACAAUCAGAUGCGUCAUUUAGUGUAUCUUAUAGAGAAUGCUAUCCUUAACCUUCCAGAUGAUCAGGAGCAAAUGGCCUGGUUGAUAGACUUCACUGGAUGGACAUUGAGUACGAGUGUGCCAAUCAGAUCAGCUCGAGAAACUGUCAACAUUUUGCAGAACCACUACCCUGAGAGGCUAGCCAUAGCAUUUCUCUACAAUCCCCCACGAAUUUUUGAAGCAUUUUGGAAGGUUGUGAAGUAUUUCUUGGAAACCAAGACCUUCCAUAAGGUUAAGUUUGUUUACCCUAAUAAUAACGCUAGCGUGGAGCUUAUGAAACAAUAUUUUGAUGAGGAGAAUCUUCCAAAGGAGUUUGGAGGAAAAGCUAUAUUGAAGUAUGACCAUGAGGAGUUCUCCAGAUUAAUGGCUCAAGAUGAUGUGAAAACUUCUGCCUUGUGGGGGUCUGGUGAGAAGCUUCAUCAAGCCACCAAUGUGUAUUCUGGUGCUGAGGUGGCUCCGGAACCUGCAAAUCUUGCACUACCAGCCAGCUGAGUCACCACCAUGCUCACCGUAUUAUCAUCGUGGUCUAAGUAAUUUUUUAUGAACUGAUAACCUUAAUUUCUUCGUGAUACUGAUUAGUCCGAGCUGGACUAACUAUAGGGAACAUGAUCUUCUUUUAACAAAGUUCUCAAAUGUAACCCUGUAAACAAGAAUCAAGGUCGGAUUUAAGAAACUUUGGAAAUUUCAUUUCUAGUA